CUUAAAUUCCUUUAUAUUUUAUAAUUAAAGAGAUGGGACAAGAGCAUUCAAGCAAUCGUAAAUUAUCGUCCAGAAUGUCUUAUAUAUCUACAUUAAAUAGAAAUAAGGACAACAAUGCUGAAAGUGGUAAUUUCCAGUCAUCAAAUACAAUAGAUCUUGAAGAGCAUCAUGGUCAUCAGCAGCAAGAGGAAGAAAGUACAAAAAUUAACAAAAAGUCGUGAAAGGUUCUGAUGAGCAAGAUGAAGAGGAACUUAUUAUGUUGAAGUCUAUACAGAAAUUUGAACCUUUCAUUGAUAAAAACCAAGACAAAGGCUUUUUUCUAGAUCGAUUGUUAGGAUUAAAGAUAUCAAAUGAAGAACCAAUAAACAAAGCAACAUUUAAAGAAGAAGAAAAUUCAUUGUUAUCGGAUGUCUUUCUUAAUUUACAGACACAUAUUAAGGAACAAAUGUUACAUUUGAAUAUGGAACAAAAAGUUCUUUUAAAGCGUAUUGCCUAUGUAGAUGAACUAAGCUUAACAAAUUUUCAAAAAAUGGUAGCUUCAUUACAGCAAGCCAGAUUAGUAGCCGAUAAGAUACCAGAAGCUUUAAUAAUAAAAAAACAAGCAGAAAAAGCUAAAAGUCAGGCUAUUAAGAUUUUCAAGUCCUUAUCAGUUAUUGAGGAAUAUAUUGAGCCGGAAGAUAGAAUUCUCUUAAAAAACAAGACAAAAUGGCCAGAGUUAAGUGAACUGCGAGAACAAGCUAUAAAACAAACACAACAGCCCCCAUUUGAAAGAUAUAUUAGUAAUACAAAUGAUGUGACAAUAUCAACUACUGCCGUAACCACUUCCCCUUUAUUAGAGACCGUGAUAGCAGAAACUGGAGAAUCAACAGUAAAUUGGAAACAUACAGCUACUGAAGAGGAAGAUAAAAACUUGAUGUCAAAAAAGUUAAAUACAGCACCUUCAUUAGCAUUAAAUCAUUUACGAGAAUUAUCAUCAAGAACAUCAACUUCUAACAUUGUUCAAUAAAGAAUAUCUUAUUUGCAUAGCCUCUAUAGUUUUUUAUACUUUGAGUUUAG